UGAAGAAAAUAACGCAGAUCCGAUGGCAGGUGGUGACAAAUGCACUUGUGAGGCAGUGUGCAAGCGGGUUGUGUCAAAAAUAGCUGAUAAAUGCUCGUCGUCGACAUUGUUGGAACUGCAUUGCAUUGAGGAGCGCGCUGUCAAAUUAUGGGAGACACUCCACUCGCAUAUGCGCAAUAAUAGUUGCGGAAAGCUUGCCAACUGGUGGGAUCUAAAAAGUUGGCAGAAACUGCCAUUCUACUGGGCUGCACUUUCCAAUGAGAUACUCUGCGAUGAUCCUUUCGAGAAUUUCAAACAAUUUUACAUAGGCAACAAAAAGUCAAGCAAGCGCAUCGCCAAGCAUCAAUUAGAUCGGACGCUCGUAAUGUGGCACCGAUUAAGUGUCAAGCAGCGGUUACCCUUCGUCAUGGAGGCUUUCAUUAGCAAGGUAGGAGCAGGCAAGGUGAACAUCGCCGACGAGCAUGAAAUUCAUCGCAUCAUCCGUGACUUGCAAAACAAAUGAAUGUGGUUCGGGUGUGGUAGCUAUCAAAUGGAGCAUCACACCCACCAGCGUCCACACUUUUGCACCAUUUUGUGUGAUUAUGAGUAU